AUGAGUGUGUUCAAGAUUUCUAGCAAACUGAGUCAAGAGAUAUCAUCCAUGUUGGCAAAAUUCUGGUGGGGAAGUAAUCAGGAAAGUAGAGGUGUGCAUUGGAAAAGUUGGGGAUUUAUGGGAAGGUCAAAGGGUGAUGGAGGGAUGGGUUUCACAGAGAUAGAACAUUUCAAUUUAGCUUUACUAGCUAAACACAGUUGGAGAUUUUUGUUGGACUCUAUAUCUCUGGUGGGAAGGGUAUAUAGAAGUAAAUAUUUCAGAGAAACAAAUAUACUUGAUGCAAAAUUAGGUGCUUCUCCAUCAUUGAUAUGGAGGAGUGUUUGGUUGGCUACUUAUCUACUGAAAGAAGGUUUAAGGUGGAGAGUAGGAAAUGGAAAGAAGAUUAAUGUAUGGGGACAAAAAUGGUUACCAAAACCUACAACAUAUUGUGUUCAAUCUUUUGGUAUAUCUCUGAGUAAGGAAGCAAAAGUAUCUGAUUUAAUGAUAGAAGAAUUGAAUAUAUGGAAUGAUGAGCUGAUAAAGGAGAAUUUUGAUAAAGAAUAA